AUGGGUGGUGGUGGUGAUGGUGUCGCUGGUCAUUGGGGGCAGUGGUCGGAGUGGGUCUGCCAUUAUCAGUGCUACAUACACACCGAGAAACGUGUGAGGUUCUGUGACGACCCAGCCCCAGCGAACGACGGUGCCGAGUGUGUGGGGAACAGCGAGGACUUCAAGAACAGCACGUGUGGCCAGAAUCUUGUCUGUCCACUAGAAUGUCCUGUAGGGUUGUGGGACUUCAACUGCGACAAGACCUGUCUGACAUGCAGCCCAGAUUGUGACAAGUUCAGCGGCUCUUGCGAAUCAUGUGUUGCCGGAUAUAAAUUUCCGGAAUCCGGAUGCGAUACAGAGUGUGGUGUGAACACAUUCGGUCCUAACUGUGAAGGCGACUGUCUACAGAAAUGUGAGACAGAUUGUGUGGAUAGAGUAGAAGGAACCUGCCCAAUUGUGUCGAACAACAUGAAAUAUCUGCUGCUUAUCUUUCUUGUGGUGCCAGUAGUUGGUGUUAUCCUGCUGCUAUUGAGGAAGAAGAAAGAACUAAUCGUGGAGGAGGCCUUAGUCCCGUUUGAAUAGACGCUUUGAGAGCAAUUCUUUUUCAACUUGUAGUUUACUCCAAGCCAUUUUAAAGCCAGUUAUCAAACUUUUUACAACACUCCAUCGGUUUUAAAAAGUUAGAAUGUGAAGGGAAUUAAAGUGGAUUCGGUCAGUCGAUGGACUAAAAUAUAAAGUAUAGUCUGUCAAUAAAAAUUUCAAAGGAGAUAGACUUUAUUUUGUUAAUCUUAACGAUGUAAGUAUCUUUGACUCCAUGAAUGCUACAAAAGUACUGUUGAAUGCCCACACCGUCCCCUCUCCCCCCUUCCCCCUCUAGGCAAAACAUUACCCGACGGGCAAGAGAUGCAUUUCACUGACAUAUGACACUAUUUCGAGUGGCAUCCGAUACGAUUUCUGUCUUGACAUGUCUCUGGCAUGACACGUGGCUUUGAUCUGUCAUGACCUAUGACAUUCCGCUGUCAUGACCUAUGACAUUCUUCUCUCAUGACCCAUGGCUUUCCUCUGCUAUGACCCCAUGCAUACAUCUGUCAUGACACCUCUAUAUCAUGAUUGACAACUUCACUUCCGUCCAUUUAAAUCUCCGCCUUCUUCAAAUUUUAGACACAUUCAAAAUUCUGGGGCUUUAAUGUAAGGGCAUUCAUAUCAAAGUAUAAGAAUACUUUUAGUAUUUGCAUUUAUCACUUGACGUCUAGAGGUUUUAGUGUUAUAUAUCAUUGUAGCAAACUAGGUAGUUUCUUCUUUUAAUUUUCUGUUUAUCUUAUUGAUUUAGUAUUAGUCUAUUCACAAAGACAAACAAUUAAUCAUUUUAUGUUAGAGAAGUAUAAAUAAUUUAAUCUUAAUUACAUUUGCCAAUGUGUAAUGUCAAUGUGUAAAUAUAUGUCAACAAUGUUGACAGUUCAUGUUAGUUUUC